UUUAAACCGGCCUUAUCAACUUUAACCCAAAAUUUUAACGGAACAAUUUAAAAUUAUUUCACGAUGGAAAUGGAACGUAGAAAAGAAGAGUUAGAAAAGAAAAGGCAAAAACUUGCCGAACUUCGUCGUGCAAGAGAAGAGAGGAAACAAGUGUUUACCACUGCGACUCAGAAACAAGAGGAAAAAUCUGUGGAAAGGAGUCGCAAGGAACAGAUCGAUGAUCUUGUCAAAUCCCUGUUAAAAGACAAAGCUACUGGAGACCAUCCUGGAACACCAACAUCAUCAAAAUCUGACGACGUAGAGCCCGAAAAGGGAAUAACCUCACAUCAUGCACGUCUCAGUUCUAUUUCCACAGGUUAUUCGCCUGGAACUUCUGUUCCUCAAAGUCCGAGUAUAUUGGCACCUUCCCGUUAUAUUCCAGAUUUCUCUUCUUUCGAAGCAGUAAUAUUAGAUAUUGCUCCAAAGGAACUCAUUCUUUACAGUAAAGAAGUUCAAACCACUGAAAGAUCCUUUGGACCACCACCACCUAACGAAGACGAAAUCCGAGCUAAAUUUUUAAAAGAACAAGAGGAAAAAGAAAAAGCACGUCAAGCUGCUCUGGAAGAAGAAAGAUCGAGAUUGGAAGAUGAAAAGAAGAAAAUGCAACAACUUAAAGAUAUUUCAGAAGAUGUUAGAAAAAAGAUUAUUAGUUCAAAUGAAUUUGUUGAAUUUAUUGAUCAUUCAACUAAAAUUGUUGAGAGAGUGCUUAAUGAAAAUUAUGAUUAUAUGAAAGAUUAUUCAAUUAUUAAGGACAAUGAGAAUGAUGACCAGUCAGGCUCCAGGGUUAAAUAUGUAAACUCAUUCUUUGACGACCGAUGGACCAAAAAUCGUUCAGUCACUGAUGUAAAUUGGUCGCGCAAAAAUCCUGAAAUUUGUGUUGCUUCAUAUAAUAAAAACCCUAUGGCAAUGAAUGAACCAGACGGUGUCGCUGUAGUAUGGAGUUUAAAAUUAUUAGAACGACCCGAAUAUGUUUUCCAUUCGCAGUCGGAUGUUCUUACUACAAUGUUCUCUGAGUUUCACCCAACUCUUGUAAUAGGAGGAACAUAUUCAGGUCAAAUAGUUCUUUGGGACAUGAGAUCAAAAUCUUUACCUGUUCUCAAAACACCUCUUUCAGCUUCUGGGCAUACUCAUCCUGUAUACUCAAUGCAAAUGGUGGGGACACAAAAUGCUCAUAAUCUCAUCACUGCAAGUACGGAUGGAUUAAUAUGUUCUUGGCAAUUGGAUAUGUUAGCUCAACCACAGGAAACCCUAGAACUAGUUCAUGCCGAACAUAGCAAGACAGACGAAGUUUCGGUUACAGCUCUUGGUUUUCCAGAAAAUGAAACUGCAGCUUUCUGGGUUGGUACGGAAGAGGGUAUUGCUUAUCAAGCUAAUAGAUAUGGCCGUGCUGGCGGCAAAGCCGGUAUUAAUCCAUAUGAUGUAUAUAAAGGACAUUGGGGACCUAUUACAGGUCUUCAUUUUCAUCCUAUGACUGGUCAACAUAACUUUUCAGAUUUAUUUUUGACUUCUUCUGUGGACUGGACAUGUAAAUUGUGGAGAGCUAAAUCUAUUUCAAAACCAUCGACAUCACCACAGACAAUUACUCCAUUAUAUUCAUUUGAAGGCGCUGAUGAUUAUGUUUAUGAUGUUAAAUGGUCCCCCACACAUCCAGCUCUGUUUGCUUCUGUAGACGGUACAGGAAAAUUCUCUUUGUGGAAUUUGAAUGUUGACACAGAGGUGCCAAUUGUGAGUACUCAAGUUGGAAGUCAAGCUAAAGCUUUGAAUAAAAUUAAUUGGGACAAGGAAGGGCGAAAGACAGCAAUCGGUUCUUCGGAUGGUCGAGUCCAUAUUUAUGAUAUUGGAGAGUUGGCAAAUCCACGUGAUGAUGAAUGGGAAAUCUUGCAUAAAACGAUUUCUGAAAUGACUACUGAGAAUCAUAAUGGAAGAUACGUUGUUGCCAAGUAAUAAAUAUGUAAAUCAGUAAUAAAAAUAAUUUUAAUUUUAUUAUAAACUUUUUAAUAACAAUUUGAUCAUAAUUAAUUAAGUCAUAAUAUUUAUGAUUAGAAGUAUAUAGUAUUUUUAUAUAUUUUAUUUUAUUUUCCUUCAAGAAUUAUACUUUGUGGAAUAUUUUAUAUUAUAAU